AUGGCUGUUCUCAAGCUCAAGGCUGUCGCCACCAUUCUGGCUUUCUGUGCUGCCUCUGUCGCCGCAACUGGGGGCGAGACUGCUACUUGUCUGUCUGCUCAUACCACCACUGAAACUGCUGUGACUGAUUCUGGUUAUACAGUCUCUGACGGUACUACUGUCUCUACUAUCAACAUCUGCACUGUCACCCACGAGACCCAGUGCAAUCAAGUCACCUCCGUGCCCUACAGCAUCGCGAUGCAGCCUUCCUCUGCCGCCGAAAUCCCCCCUGCUCUCACUGGAGGUACUCCUCCUGGCAGCUCCGCUAUCUCCGUCGGCGCCCAGGGUACCUCUGCUUCCACCGAGGCCAUUCCUCCUGCUGAACAGACUGGAUCUCCGUCUACUGAUGUCCCUGUUAUUCCUAUCCCCUCCUCCUCCGGUCCCAGCUACGUCUCUGGACCUGGUUCUGCCUCUGGUAAGCAGGAAACCAACCCUGGCCCUACCAACUCCGCCAGUGUCGAGAACCCUUCCCCUUCUGCUGUCAACAGUGUCACCGAUGUGCCCGGCGUCCAGACCACCACCGCCGCCUACGGAUCCUCCGUCUCUGACACCGCUGUCGUCGUGACUGACUCGGAGACCCGGUACGAGUCCGUUGUCUCUGGCACUGCCACAGACACUUACCCUUCCUCUGCCGAGGAGACCGACGAGAGCACUCCUACCGGCACCCCUGGUGUCACUGCCAGCGCAGCAGCUAAGAUGCUUGCUCCUGGUGCCGCACUCGCCAUCGCUGGCAUGCUCAUUGCUGUCAUCUUCUAA